GGAGGCCCUUGCAGGCUGCGGCGGUGGGGAUGGCGCGCUUGUGCGAGUGUCCUCAGCGGUUGGAGAAGAGUUUCAUCUUGGAUGGGGUGGCCGUGAGCACCACGGCCCGCUCCUAUGAGCGACUGAGGCCCAAGCUCUGGUCCGCGAUUCCGCCUUACAAUGCGCAGCAGGACUACCACACCCACCGGUACUUCAGUAGCCACGUGGUCCCGCCCAUUUUGCAGAAAACUGAUCAGGAUCACGGCGGUACGGGAAGGGACGGCUGGAUAGUGGAUUAUUUCCACAUCUUCGGGCAAGGGCAGAGAUACCUCAACAGGAGAAGCUGGGCAGGGGCAGGGCAUUCCCUCCAGCAGGUGACUGGGCACAGCUACUAUAAUGCUGAUCUGAAAACGAACAGGGGGUUCAAUGGUCGGUUUGGCUACCGCAGGAACACCCCAGCCCUCCGCCAGCGCUCGUCCGUCUUUGGAGAGGUCACCCCAUUUCCUCUCUUCUAACAGCAGCUUUUCCCUUCAGACCCCUCGACCUGAAUUUCUAUGACAGAUGGUUCGAUGAACUCUGAAUGGUGCUCUACAUAAAAAUUGUUUUCUACCUGUG